AUGGGUAAAGACAAUAGAUGUUUCAGAGAAAUUUGGUUUAAAGGCCGUGAUUGGUUGGAGUAUAGUGUUUCAAAGGAUGCGGCCUUUUGUUCCUGGUGUUAUCUUUUUAGACCUAGUAAUAUAGGGCUUGGAGGAGAUGAUGUGUUUACGAGAUCUGGUUUCAUAAAUUGGAAAAAAGCAAUUGAAAAUUUCAAUGAGCAUGUAGGUGGAGUUGGUAGUGCGCACAAUGAGGCAAGAAUACAGUUUGAGGGUUUCAAGAAUCAAAUACAAAGUGUGGAGUAUUCAUUUUCAUCGGGGAAACAUGAGCUUGAAGUUGCUUAUCGCAAACGCUUGACUUCCAUUUUAAAAGUAAUUCGAUUUUUGUUGUUACAAGGAUUGCCUUUUCGGGGACAUGAUGAGUCUUCGACAUCAUCCAAUAGAGGAAAUUUUUUAGAAUUACUCAAAUGGUAUAUCUCAGAGUGUCCAAAAGUUGCGACAGUUGUUGGAAUGAAUGUACCUGGAAAUAAUCAAAUGAUUGCCCCAAAAAUUCAAAAACAAUUGGUGAAUGCUUAUGCAGUUGAGACCACAAAUGCUAUUCUAGCUGAUCUUGGAGAUAGGUGGUUCACUUUACUACUUGAUGAGGCUCGUGACUGUUCAGUGAAAGAGCAAAUGGCAGUUGUUAUUAGAUAUGUGAACAAACAUGGAGAGGUGAUUGAACGAUUUAUGGCUGUAGUUCAUGUUGCAACAACUACAGCUGCUUUGGCGAGAUUGAGGGGUCAAGGAUAUGAUGGUGCUUCAAAUAUGUCUGGAGAAUUUAAUGGCUUAAAGUCACUGAUAAUGAAAGAAAAUCCGUAUGCAUUGUAUGUUCAUUGUUUUGCUCAUCAACUCCAGCUAGUGGUUGUAACUGUUGCUCAAGCAAAUCAAUAUGUUUGUGAUUUCAUGUGGAUUGUUGGUUCGAUGGUGAACACAUCUGCAUCAUCUUGCAAAAGGGCCGACAAACUUCGACAAUUUGAAUAUGACAGAAAAGUUAAACUUCUUGAAAGAGGAGAGAUUAGUUCUGGUAGAGGACUAAACCAAGAAACUAGUCUAGCUAGACCUGGAGAUACACGAUGGAGGUCUUAUCAGUCAACUUUAUGUCGUAUUGAACAAAUGUGGCCAUCUGUUAUAGAGGUUCUUCAAAAUUUAAUUGAUGAUGGUGAUCGUUCUUCUAAGGGUUUAAGUAGAACUUUGGUUGAAAGAAUGGAGAGGUAUGAAUUUGUGUUUAUUCUACUAUUGAUGAAACGUAUAUUGGCAAUCACAAAUCAUUUGUCAACCGUUCUACAAGAGAAAGAUCAAAAUAUUGUGAAUGUGAUGCAUUUGAUCAAUAAUGUGAAAUGCAAAUUGCAAAAGUUGAGAGAUUCUGGAGGGGAUAUUUUACUUGAGGAUGUGAAGAAGUUUUGUAACACUCAUUCCAUUGAAAUAAUUAAUAUGACAGAUAACAUCAACAACCGUAGUCGUUUGAAGAGAGAUGGAAAAAAUGUUAUCGAUAUUAUUCUACAGGAGAUGGAUAGUCGUUUCUCUGAAACAACUACAGAUUUGUUGAUUUAUAUGCCAUGCCUUGAUCCUAGGAACUCGUUCUCUAGAUUUGAUGUACAGAAAUUAGUGCAUCUGGCUCAUUUUUAUGAGGAUGAUUUUUCUUGGAGUGAGCGUAUGUUGGUUGAACAAGAGUUUGAAAUAUAUAUUGAUGGCGUCAGAUCAGAUGAACAGUUUGAAGGCAUUUCAGAUUUGGGAGCUCUUGCAAAGAAAAUAAUUGAAACAAUGAAAAAUCGUGUGUUUCCUUUGGUUUAUCGGAUGAUUGAGCUAGCCUUACUUCUUCCAGUUGCUACUGUAACCAUUGAAAGAGUGUUUUCGACAAUGAAUAUUGUCAAAACAGAUUUGCGAAACAGGAUUGGAGAUGAAUGGAUGAAUGAUAGUUUGGUAGUUUAUUUCGAGAAAGAUGUUUUUAAUACUGUCGACAAUGAGCCAAUUUUACAGCGUUUUCAGAACAUGGAGUCUCGAAGAAUGCAAUUGUCACGUAUUCGUUAG